AUGAAAUAUGUUAUUUCGUUAAUUGGUAAUUAUUAUGGAGAUGGUGAUGAAAAAAUCGAAUGUCUUUUUGCAACUAAAAGAUUGUAUGAUACAUUAUCAUUUAUUCGACCCGAUGAAACUCCACAACAAUGUGCUAUCCGUGUGAGAGUUCCUUUAGAAGAGCUG